GUUGUUUUUAGAAAAUUACGGUUUAUUCGAGUAUUCGCCGUGUCUACGAACGGACGACAAUCGUGAAAGCAACGCGAAGUUAAAAACUGAACUUUUUGAAUACAAGAAUAAUAAAAGUGCCAGCAAACGUCGCUGCUAGAAAAGCAACAAAUAAAUAUAAUAAUUAAAAUCAAUAAAAACAACAACAAAAUUAAUCAAUAAAUAAUAAUAAAGUGCUAAUCGCAGCUAAUAAAAUAAAUAUAAUAGCAAAGAGAGCCACAACAAGAGGGAGCGAGCGCGAAAUCAUGUCGGACGACAGCUUGGAGGAUGGUGGUUUGAGCAGCGCCACUUCAAGUCCCGAAAAGCGUCGCUCGACGGUACCCGAUAUUUUACCACAUCAACGGAGUUUCGAGCAGCGCUACAGUCACAUGAUACAUAAGCAAAUACUGGAGACGGGCGUGAAUAAGGAGGCGCUGCAGCGGCAAAUCAAUGCAUAUUUCUCAUGUGGUGGCGCUGGUAGCAGUGCCGGGGGUGGCGCCAGACACCGGCAGAGCUCCUUGCAGGAAGAUUUAAAUGAAAAUGUGGCAGAAGCUGCCGCUGAAGGCGAGGGUCUGAAGGGUCAGGAGCAAGAACAGCAGGUCCGUGUGCAGCGUAGAGGGGAGGAGGGUAGAAGGACGUUGGACAAAGCAGAAACUGUGGAUAUAGCUGAGUUGCAAGGCGCGAAAGUUGCUGGUGAUUUGUAAAAGAGUUAUUUUUUUUACGUUGCAUAUAGGCUGAGCCAUUUGUAUGUUUAGUGAAAAUAAGUAGAAAGUUAAAACAAUAUGGAAAUUGAAAUCAUCAUGAAAGUUAUAUAAUUGAAUUUAACUAUUUAAGGAGCGUAUUGGAUUAUUUUUUUUAAUAUUGAUUUUUGAAUUUUUAAAGCAAAAAUAAGAGGUUUUAUAUGUUAUUGAGUAUUAUAAUUGGAAACGUGACCUUAUAUGUAUUUAACAACUUAAAAAAAAAUAUUUAAUAUUAAAAAAAUAUUCGAACAAGUAUUAUAAAAUAUUUUUUUAAAUAUUAUUUAAAAAUUUAAAUAUUAAAAAAAAGUUAAUAAAUAUUUAAUUUAUUUAAUAUAAUAUUGGGUAGUCGAAAAAGUCUUUUCGUAUUUGUCAAUAGAUGUCGUUGCAGUCGUAUAUCUCCAGUGUUACCAAUUACAUUGUGCCAUUCCAUAUAUGUAGUGUUGGGAAGGUGAGAUUUUAAACUUCAUUAAAACAAAAAAAAAUAUGAGGAAGUUGAAAAAAAGUUACAACUGUGCAAAAA